AACCUUUGUCCGCCACUAUUAUGUGUUCGUGUGGAAAACAACAUGCUCUCAGAUGGAGCUUUACUGAUAUUUAACAAGUCUGUGCUUCCUUAUCUGUCAGAUGUGUGAUAUUUAGAUGUGUUGCUCUUUACCGACAUUAUGGCAUGAUUAUUAGCUGCAGUGAGAAACACGAAAAACUGCUUCAAACAGCAGAUAUGUGGCUAACGGGACUAGCAAGAACGCUAGCCAGCUAGCUCAGCAGCUACAGUUGUCCAAUAACUUGAUGAACAUGUGGAGACUUUUAACGCCCCCAAAAUGUACUCGUUAUGUUAAAAUAUGUUUCAGAGUAUUAAAACAGGCAAACAGCCAUAGGUGUUUUUCAAUCAGCUGCCAGUCUGAUGAAUAUAUCCGGAGAUUUAUUUCAGAGCACACAGAGAUAGUUGGGGAGCAGAGCCUGACUCCAGAGGUCAAACUGAGACUGUUCACCACAAACUGCAGGUUUUGGCGAGAAAGACCGGAGCUCUGGCCUUUUGGUGACCCGUACUGGGCCAUAUACUGGCCAGGAGGACAAGCACUCUCAAGAUACCUCUUGGAUAACCCCGGAGUGUGUCGGGGUAAGGCAGUUCUGGAUCUGGGGAGCGGCUGUGGAGCCUCAACCAUCGCUGCAAAACUAUGUGGUGCUGUUCAUGUAGUUGCUAAUGACAUUGACAACGUUGCAGCUAUUGCGACCCAGAUGAACUGUGAGCUGAAUGGUCUGGAGCCACCUGUUUGUCUGACUGACAACAUGAUUGGUUCACAAGCCAGUUGCUUUGACCUGAUCCUGCUAGGUGACAUGUUCUAUGAUGAGGCCCUUGCCACCAGCCUUCACAGCUGGUUGGACCGCUGCGUCAAAACCCACGGCACCAAAGUCCUGAUCGGAGAUCCUGGAAGGGCCCAGUUUGAGGAACACGGCAUCCGACAACUCCUGCGUCAGCUGGCUCAGUAUGAGCUUCCUGAGUCUGUCAGAGAGGAGAACUACGGUCUAACCUGCAGCCGUGUUUGGUGCUACCGUCCUGAACUCUGAGGUCCGGAGAGUCAAGUCAAGUUGAUUUUAUUUAUCUAGCCAAAUAUCACAAAUUUGCCUCAAGGGGCUCUUGUGAGGGAACUUUCCUAAAGGUGCUCAAUGUGGGUCAAAGGUGAGGUGCAGUUUAUAUGCAUGUCACAUUUAGGUCACUCGUAGACUUAGAAAUAGAAUGACCUCAGUCUCUAAAAAAUGUUUAUACUGCCGUUUUUCUCUGUGGGUGAAUCACGACACCAGGGUAAAAAGUAAUGAGCCAUUGCCUAGAAGCCAAGGACAACAGAUAUGGUGCUCUGCUUCACUCUUAGAUGUUUACAGAUUGUCUACCCUUCAGAAUGUGACCUGCUAAUCCCAAUGUGACUUAGGUAAGCAUUAGAUUUCAACAUCCAAUAAGAAGGAAGAAUCCACAUAUUUAGGCAGGAGGAUUACAUGCACUCCUAAAUAAAAUAAAAAAUUAGGAGCACACAAAGAAAUUUAGGAGCACAGUGAAAAAUGUUUAUUAGUUUAUUAACAUUUUAUUAAAUGCAUAUCUAUACUUUGUGUGUGCUUCUUCUCCUUGUGUGCAAUUACGAUGUGAAAACCAGUGGAGGACUAUGGUAAGCAUUAGAUCUUAACUUAUCCAUAUUGUGGACCAAGAGGGAAUCUUCAGUAGUUCUGUAUUGUUACUCUGUACUGCUUUUGUCUUUCUCCUCGGCCAAGUUAGUAAAUAUUCCUGCUUAAGACAUCCUGAGAUUUCCUGAGGCCUUCUUCAUCAAUAAGUUGAAUAGGUCACCAUAAUUUUACUGCACAGCUUUACAAUCCAUACAGCAUGCGACACCCUCUUUCCUUAGACCCUUGAUUUAGAUAAGAAAAAAAACCUCCCCUUUUAACCCCUUCCAGGACAAACAGACAAACAAUAGAUGUGCAUGCAGAAGAGACCAACAUAGUAAAAUUACAGAAGUGACAAUCAGGAUGAUAAAAUUAUAGAUGGAUUAAAAUCAUAUCUUCUCUG